AUGGGCAGCCUAAGCGCACCGCAUCUCUCGAAGGAUGAAGGUGCAACAGUGUACGGAUUAAAAAGCGAGGAACGAGCUACGUUAGUGCGGGAGCUUAACUCGUCGUUCAACAUGGCGAUAGCUACGUCAUCGGAAUUGGAGAAGACCGUUCGCAUCACGCAGAAGGGUCUCACACUGAUGGUGGUAAACCGCCUCCACGGACUGUUCGGCUACGACGUCGUGUCGCACGCGAUGGCGAUGACGAACGCCAAUCGGGAACUAAUUUCCUUUACCAUGUACAAGAAAUCAGGCACAGCCCCCCACGGCCACGGCCACAGUCACGGCCACGGACACGGCCAUAACACCUCGCAUAAAGGGCAAACGCACAGCAGCGUUGUAACUCUU